AGAGACGACCCAUACCCGUGCCAGGGGCUAGGGCCCAGGUGAGAGGAUCAGUCUGCCCGCCCCCACCACCUGGUGAAGUGAAAACACAAGACGGAACAUCCUGCGAGAAAGAGCUGCAACACGCUGGGAGGGGGCCACAGAAUACAAACGGGUUGAAACACAACAGGAAGGGCUAUAGCACACGUGAAGGGGUAGGAAUACGCACUGAGCAGCAGCAACACGCAUUAGGAGGGACUGAAACACACCACCACCACAAUGGAGGAUCCUUAUCAUAUAGAUGUGAUGUACAACUGGUUUAAGUACAGUGUGUCCAAAGUGCCGCCUCACGUUAUAGACAAGAAAGAGAAGAGAAAAUGGAAGAUUGAGUACGUCGAACCUUAUGGCCGGUGCACCAUCGCCACACAGGACAUCAAGGAAGGGGAGGUGCUCUUCGUGGACCACCCCGUCGUGACCGGUCCCAAGCAGACCUCUGAUGUCAUGUGCCUCGCCUGCUACCGUCGUCUAGAGUCUUGGGAUGGCUACCAGUGUUCCAAGUGCAGGUGGCCGUUGUGUGGGCCAGAGUGCGAGGGUCGUGGCUAUCACCCGCUCGAGUGCAACGCCUUCGCCGCCUCCGGGUAUAAACCUAACCAGAAGGACUUCUCUGAGGCUCAGUACAUGUACGAAGCCAUGCUGCCUCUCAGGUGUUACUGCUUAACUAAGAUGGAACCGGAUAAGUGGAAGACGUUGAUCGCCAUGGAGAGCCACAAUGACCUGAGGCGUGGCACUGAACUGUGGGAGAGAGAGCAGACCAACGUGGUGGACUACCUCCUGAAGAAGGUGAAACUCGGUGUCGACGAAGAACUCCUCCACACUAUCACUGGCAUCCUCGAUGUCAACUGCCACGAGGUUCGCAGCAAUUUACCAGGUACCCAAGACCAGUACCUAGUGAGGGGGAUCUACCCGCUGUGUGCCAUGAUGUCUCACUUCUGCGUUAACAACACCCACCACACCCUCAUGGACGACAUGACUAUGGUGGUUAUAGCCUCUACACCUAUCAAGAAGGGCGAGCAGCUGACAGCGACGUACACACACGUGCUCUCGGCCACCACGGAGCGUCGGAAACAUCUCAAGUACGGCAAGUUCUUCGACUGCGCUUGUGACCGUUGCAAGGAUCCGACGGAGCUCAACAUGUACUUCGGGGCUCUUCGGUGUUCUCAGCCUGGCUGUGGUGGCAACAUUCUCUGUACCGACCCCCUCGCACCUGCCAACGAUGGCAUCUGGGAGUGUGACAAAUGCCGCUACAAGGUUUCGGCAGCGACGGUGGAGCGGCUUAACAAGCUGGUUUACAUGGAACUGCGUCAGGCGGGGGAGGAUGACCCGGUGAAGCUGGAGACAAUCUUCAAGAAGUACCAAUACGUCUUUCACCCACAACACUUCCACCUGGUGGGCAUUAAGCACUCCCUCUCUCAGAUGUACGGGCGCCUGCCAGGUUACAUCCUGACAGACCUGAGUGACGCUCAACUCCUGAGGAAGGUGACGUGCUGCAAAGACCUUCUCCAGGUGCUGGACGUACUUGAUCCAGGCAUCACCAGGCUCAGAGGGUUAACGGUUUAUGAACUUCACGCCCCGAUUCUACUUCAAGCCAACAGGGCCUUCCAGAACACAGCAAUCACGAAGAGAGAGUUCCUGGAGCAACUACACGAGGCGGAGGGUUACCUACUCAAAACCGUCUACUGCCUUAAACACGAGCCUCUCUCAUCCUUCGAGGGCGAGAUAUGUAAGAUCGCCAGGAACUCACUACAGGAACUACAGAAGUGGAUUCAGAAGGUAGAGACGUUACCUGACUCUCACUUCAUCCCGGAGAAACAAGAAGCGUUGCCCUCCCAGCUCAGCGAGGAGGACCUUACUCUCGAGACGCUCCUUAAGAAGCUCGAGGAACAGUAAAUGAUUUGCUUGAAACACACACACCACCUCAGCUGCUUAUUCCCCAGUGACACUCUCCAUAUCUGCUUGUUCAGUCCUCGUCUGUGUCUCUCUCAGUGUGAUCGAGCUGAACAUAAACUGCAUAUAAAUAAACCGAAAUGUGUGCUUACAUCUCGGGACCGUUAUAUAUGUGUAUGUCCUCAGCCAGACUAACAACGUAAAGGCUCCUCCGUGAUCUCGCUAAGUGUCUAUAAUUUCCUCUGGUUGGUAAUUUCUAUUUAUGUUUAGUAUUUGUGUAUAGUAUUGUACGUGGUGUUACAUCCUGCAUAAAUACACACAGAGCAAUAUGCAAUGUUAUAUAGAAUUUGUAUGUAAUUUAAUUCGGGUCUGAAUGGGCAGUUAGUAUUUCUUCUAGAGCUACAAAUUAUCUGUAAUUUUUUCACUAACUCUUGCUCAGUUCACGUUUUUCCAAACUUCAAUAACAAAUGUGUUUUUUCUUUAACUUGUGGGUUGUUUCAAGUGCAGCUUUAUGCGAACAGUGGCCCAUUCUUGGUCACCCAUUCUUUUUAUUUGCAGAUUUAAGUCUUGUUUGCCAACUGUGGUGGCUCCGGUUCAAACCCGGCACCCAGAGGUAUAAUUUUUUGUUUAUUGUAAAAGGUAAUUGAAAUUUCAUUUGGAAAAAUGAAGUGCCUUACGUGACGUGUCUUACUCUAAGUCAUAUGUAAGUUAUCUAAUUGUAAGCAUCAUUGUUAUUGUCAGGUAUUUUCACCUGAUAAAUUAAUUAUGUGUUUGGUUGUUGACAGCUUCUGAGGUUUCCAUUUUCAAUAUUCCUGAUGUCUGUAUCUUAUGAAAUACAAAGCACAGAUAUGCAA